AAGACUAUGCGAAAAGAGCACAAAGUCGAAUUAAAUUUCCCGCGUCUUCAGACGCAAAACGCGCAUGGCCGCCGAGACGGUAUCGGCGGCGGAAAACAGUGCCUGCAGGCAGUCAUUGAGAAGGUUGGUAGCUUCAUCGGCCAGGAUGGCAAGUGUGAAUGUGCAACCGAUACCGGGAAACACAAAUAUGCUCGUGUGGGUCGACCUAGAGGUAUAGUGAUGCUGACAGGCUUGAACAUUGACAAGGACCGUGUAAUGGAGAUGGCGUGUGUUGUAACCGAUGGAAAGCUAAAUGUUGUUGCAGAGGCCCCUACAGUUGUAGUGCACCAGCCGGACGACGUGUUGGAAAGCAUGAAUGAAUGGUGCAAAGAAAAUCAUGGACAGUCAGGCCUGACUCAAGCGUGCAAGGAGAGCAAGAUGACCAUGGAAGAAGCGGAGAAGGUCAUGUUGGACUUCGUGCGCCAGUAUACUCCGCCAGGAAAAUGUCCCCUGGCUGGCAACACAGUUUUCAUGGACAGACUGUUCCUGGCAAGGCACAUGCCUGAAUUUGAGAAACAUCUGCACUACAGGAUUGUAGAUGUUAGCUCAGUCAAAGAACUUUGCAAGAGGUGGUAUCCUCAAGCCUACAGGGAUGCACUUCAGGUGAAGUCAGGGUCUCACAGGGCCCUUGCAGACAUCAAAGAGAGUAUAGCAGAACUCAAGUUCUACCAAGAUCAUAUUUUUAGAUAAUAAAUUAUCUUCUUGUCUAGUUUUUGUAGAAUGCAAUAAAGUUUUUGAUGUACA